UAAGCCGCAACGUUUCGUCACCCAGAGAUGGCGGGCCACAGCAUUGUUGAAUAUUUUGGGGGUGAUUCUGGUCAUCGUUGUGGCUAUUGUGGAAGCUCUAAUACCAACUACUCACAUGGUAUGUGGGCCCACACGAUGACUAGUUUGGAUUACCAAGAUCUCAUCGACAGGGGAUGGAGAAGGAGUGGACAAUAUGUGUACAAGCCAACCAUGAAAAAAAUGUGUUGUCCAUCUUAUACCAUAAAAUGUGAUGCAUUGUCAUUCAACCCAAGCAAAUCACAGAAAAAAGUUCUUAAGAAGAUGACCAAGUUCCUUACAGUUCCCAAACCUGAGUCAAGUUCCAAGGCUGAAGGCAAAGAUGCAGCUGGGUACCCUUCUGGAGGAUUGGAUGAUACUCAUGAAGCAGCUUUUGUGGAACCUCUACCUGGAAUUAAGCCAUCUGAAUCAGUCAAGGCUAGGGAUAUUAGCUAUGAUGAAUUAAGAAAGAAAAAUUUAAGUGGAGUUAAGGAUUGGAAGACUACAAAGGGAACAGUGGAUUUACAGGCAUCAGCAUCUACAGGUCAAACAGCAUUUGAAUCAACAAAGAAAACCAAGCCAGUUAAAGGCAAGACGCCAGCACCUGGUCAAGGACAUGAUCCAAGCAAGCCUCCUUGUCGCAAAGCUAAAAUCCUUCGUCAAGAAAGGAAAAUGAAGAAACUUGCAUUGUUGAAAGAGGAACAGAAAACUGAUUCAGAAUCUCCAUCCAGUUCUCAAAAUACCAGAGUCUCUGUUACUAAAUCAUUAGAAGACUUAAUGAUUGACAGAUUGCCCAGUCAAUCACCAGUUCACAAUCUCCAGGUCAAAUUGGUGAGAGUGAAUUUGCAGUGUGAUGAAUUUAGAACAACAUACCAACAGACUUGUGCUCUCUUUGCAAAAUAUCAAAUAGCCAUCCACAAGGACCGCCCUGGUGAAUGUGGUGAAUCGCAGUUCAAAAGAUUCUUGGUUGACUCUCCUCUCGAGCACACAAGAGGACCAGGAGCCCCACCGAUGGGCUUUGGAUCGUUUCAUCAACAAUAUUUUCUCGACGAUAAACUGAUAGCGGUUGGAGUGCUGGAUAUUCUUCCUCGCUGCGUUUCAUCCGUGUAUCUCUUUUACGAUCCUGAUUAUUCACAUUUAUCUCUGGGAGUAUAUUCCGCUCUGAGGGAAAUUCACUUUACUCGCCACCUCCAGAAAAUCGUCCCAACCAUUCAGAACUACUACAUGGGUUUCUACAUACACUCGUGUCCAAAAAUGAGAUACAAGGGAAACUACUCACCAUCCUAUCUGGCCUGUCCAGAGACGUUCAAUUGGAUUCCCAUUAAACAGUGUCUUCCUAAGCUCGAUCACAGUAAUUAUUCUCGGCUCGACGACUCAGACGAAGAACCUCCCAAAGCAACUGCGGAAGACGCGCGUGUUCUUUUUGAUCGGACAGCCAUGCCAUACCAGAUGUAUGUAGCUCUUAGAAGUCCGAAUGAUCGCGAGGAGGUUCAGGAGUACGCGGAAUUCGUCGGACCUGAGGUUUUGUCCAGGAUGCUGCUCUUUAGAUCCGGUUAAAAUGUGCUUAGGUUCUAGACGUGGUUGUCACGGGUUGCUUUUGCCGCCAUAUUUUGGAUACGAUUGUUCAGAGAAUGGUGCGUCAAGGCGAGAGCCUCUAAGGAUUCCUUUAAGGAAGCCUCCAAUUUUAAUUCAAGAAAAGAUGUUGCGAACUAAAUACAGCCAAGCAAAAGGGAAAGUCGCUCUAUAAACGACAAUAGCUGAUUUGGGGUGUUACGCAUUAGCCUUGCCUUGGUUUGCUUUAUAAGACCAGAGAGGAGAGUACCUUCUGUCUUAGUAGAACGAUUUGCCUUGUUUAACUGAUGAGAAGUUUAUGUCUGGUUUUUGUUUAGUGUAUGAGGUAACUGUCGAACAUGGUUUUUACUCUGGUUUUAGGAGAAACAUGUACACGUGGUAUAGUUUAAAAGUCCAGAACUAUUUUCCUGACUUUUAUUUUAAACUGCGCAAAGUAAGACCCACUUCAUAGACGAAGGUGUCAAGUGGUGGGUGGUUUGCGAAUGACUUGACUUCCAGCGGGACAAGUAACAUUUUUAAACUUUAAUCUGGCGCAGGGCUCUCCCGAGAAUUUGAAGUAGCGUGGAGAAAAAUUUCGGGGUUCGGGGUGCGGGUAGGGUAGUAACGGGGCUUACAUGUGGGGAUAGAAAGAUUUGUUAAAGAGCGAAUUCAUUGCUUUUGCAGACUGGCUACUUUGCCCUGAAAAUACAGAUACGAUCAUAAUAAUAAAGGUCUUUAUUAAGAAUUAUUGUGCAAACAGACGUGCUACAAUUAACAUGAAUAACAUGAAUGA